AUGCCAGAACCAGGGCCAUGCCUUGAUGACACGCAGAAGAGACAGCCAGCGAGCCUACAGCCAUCAGGUUUGCUAAAUCGCGAAGCCAUGCGAGGGAAAUUCUCCCUCCUUAGCAUCCUGAGCACAAACCAGGAUCAAUCCACUCCUGCUGUGGAGGAAGCAUCGACGUUUCCGACGCAGGAUAUUGUCAGAGCGGGACUUGUUAGUCAGUCGAUUGCAGAGUUCUUGUUCAGCAGCUUCAUGAAUAUCCUCAACCCGUACAUUAGCCAACUAGAUCCUAAUCUGCAUACUUUCUCACACGUCCGACAAAAGUCCGCUUUCCUCCUCAGUUCCAUCCUAGCAGCUUCGGCCAAGAUGUUUAACCCGGGUUUAUACAAAUCCCUCCACCAACACGCCGAAGACCUGCUAGUUGAUAGCUUUCGACGAGGCGAAAAGUCGACCGAAACAGCCCAGGCGAUUUUGAUCCUCACAUAUUGGAAAGAGCCAGAAGACACGCGCUCCUGGGUUACUUUGGGCUAUGUGAUUCGCAUGUGUAUUGAUCUCGGAUGGCACAAACUUCGGCCGUCGUCUAGACGGGAUCGAGAGGGUUUGACGGAGAUGCAGAUACGCGAGGCUCGCGAUGUAGAGAGGACGUGGUUUGUUCUUUUUGUCUACGACCGAAGUAUGAGUCUGCAGACUAGUAAACCGUGGAUGAUUGAGCGCAACGGGUUUUUCGAAAGCAUCGAAGUCUGGUGCAAAGACGCUACAGCGACUGACAGCGACAAUUUUCUCGGCGCCUUUGUUACACUUCGCUUGCUCACGUCCGAGGUUUUCAGGCUGCUCACUCCGCGACAGACAGAUCCAGGGCAAAACACGUUUGCUCUGCUGACGAUUAUCAGUAAUCGGAUUGACGAGUGGGAGAGCAAGUGGCUCGGUGUAUGCGAUGAAUCUGAAAGCUGCCAUGGGUUUUUGAUCCAAUUCUAUAGCACGCACCUCCGCCUGCAACUAUACUCGUUACCAUUGCAGGAAGUGCUGGGAUCAGCGCAGCAUGACGUUACGUACAGCAUGGAGGCACUUUGGGCUAGUUACUCUAGUGCGAUAAAGAUGCUGAAACUGGUUGCGCAGUACUCUCGGUUUCUGUACUUUGUGCAGGACUCGGUCCAUGUGAUGACGGCGUAUGCUGCUGUAUUUUUGAUCAAACUUUUAUUGUCUGCGCCGUCGUCUAUUGUUCGCGAAAUCGAGGAGACAACCAUGGAGACGAUGCGGACGGCUGCAGGGGUCUUCUCGCAACAGUCUGCCCCAGUCGACUCGAGCUGUUUCCUACAGUCUCGCUUUCUUUUCAAGAUUAUGUCUAAUUACGAUGAGCUGCGACAAAGUAAUACAGAUAUACAUGGAUCUGCUGGGCGGACCCCUUAUGAUAAUGGUACUAAUACAGUUGACGACUCGGGGAACGCUCCCCACCAAAUAGGUGCAUAUCUCACACCUUCUCGCCAGACCAAUGCAAAUACGGAUAGAGAACCUGGCUCUGCAGAAAGGUUUGAUUGUAUUCUGACCGAUGGUGAUGCAUGGGAGGACUUUCUUGCCAAUGCUGGGUUCAGUGUUCAGGACGGAUAUUUUUUUUCGUGA